AUGACGGCACGAUCAAAGAGAAUGCAAGCGCAGUUUUCAACUUAUAUGGCUUAUCAAGUAAGUUGUUUAUUUCAGCUUUAUUGUAGCCGUACCUAAUUCUUACUGUAGCUUAAGUCUAGUUCUACUUUAGCUCUAUCCUAGUUGAACACCAGCUCUAUUCUAGCUUUGCCUUAGCCCUAACUUCCUUCAGAAAACCUUUCUUUAUUCAAAUUUAUAUUAUAAUUUAUUAAUUCAGGCUUGUAUUCCAAUAAUAAUAUCAGUUGGUCCAACCUUAUGGUUAGUCACAUCACAAUUUAUUGGUUAUGAUGCGGACGUUCUAUCAAAUAUAAGUGUUGGUUUAUACAGUUGGCUGCCAUUCUUUAACUCAACCGUUACUAUCGUUGUUAUUGUUCCGUAUCGGAAGCCUUUGCUACGGUUAUUUUGCAAACAUCGAGUUAAACCAACUUCGUAUACUGAUAAUAAUACUGAUUUGACUGGGAAGUAA